UAGAGAUGCACCUUUCGUCACUCUUUAGAGAUGCACCUUCCUUUCAUUGUUUCGAGCCUUAAGAGGCUUUAAAAUGGGCGUGUUCUUUCUCCAACUUAACCUGCAAGUUUAAAAUAUUCCGACGAAUUCCUUCUGUUUCUUCCUCGACGUCCAUUACCGAAGAUCACUGCUGUACUGGCUUUAUAGGGUUUGCGUUUUCCAGUGUUUCUUGGUUCGCCUUAACCUUCCUCACUAAUAUGGCCCCUGAUCCCAACUCAAGCGGCGGCUUAGAGCAGGCCUCUCUUAAAGCCCCAUCUAAAGACCCUAAAAAGAAGAAAGAUGAAAAGAAAGAUGAAGAUUUGUCCGAUGAGGAUUUGGCAUUGAAACAACAACUUGAAUUAUACGUGGAGAGAGUUCAAGACUCAGAUCCUGGAGUUCAAAAGUUAGCUUUAGAAAGCAUGAGGCAAGAGAUACGUACUUCAACAAGCUCCAUGACUUCAGUUCCAAAACCUCUGAAGUUUCUUCGUCCUCAUUAUGGUACUUUGAAAGCAUAUUAUGAAACAAUGGCAGAUUCUGAUCUAAAGAAAUACCUAGCAGAUAUUCUUUCAGUUCUGGCACUGACCAUGUGUGUGGAAGGGGAACGGGAGAGUUUAAAGUAUCGGCUGCUGGGUUCAAAAGGAGAUCUUGGUUCAUGGGGCCAUGAAUAUGUGCGAAAUCUUGCAGGGGAAAUUUCUCAAGAAUACACAAAGCGCCAGAUUGAUGAAGCCCCAAUUGAUGAUCUUAUGGAACUUGUUCAGCAAAUUGUUUCCUUCCAUGUAAAGCACAAUGCUGAACCUGAAGCUGUUGAUCUCUUAAUGGAGGUGGAGGACUUAGAUAUGUUAGUUGACCACAUCGACUCCACUAAUUACGUACGGACGUGUUUGUACUUGACCAGUUUUGCUAGCUAUCUGCCUAGCCCUGAUGAUAUGCUGGUGCUCGAAAUUGCAUUUUCCAUUUACAUCAAGUUUGAGGAGUACACUAGUGCACUUUGCGUAGCACUCCGCAUGGAUAAUGCUCCUUAUGUCCGACAGUUAUUUGUUUGCUGUUCGGAUCCUCUAAAGAAGAAACAGCUUUGCUACAUUUUGGCUCGACAGGGUGUGUCAUUGGAUCUUGAUGAUGAGGUGAUUGGAAAUGAAGAACAGCGAGAGAUACUACAAGAAAUCAUGAGCAAUGCCAAAUUAAGUGAAGGUUAUCUUACUCUUGCACGGGACAUUGAGGUCAUGGAACCUAAGUCCCCUGAUGAUAUCUAUAAGGUGCAUUUGAUUGAUGGCAGGGCGAGUGCUGGAGCAAGUGUUGAUUCAGCCAGGCAAAACCUAGCAGCCACUUUUGUCAAUGCAUUUGUGAAUGCAGGUUUUGGUCAGGAUAAAUUGAUGACUGUUCCUUCAGAAUCUUCGAGUGGCGGUUCUUCAGGAAGUUGGCUUUUUAAGAACAAGGAACAUGGAAAAGCCAGUGCUGCAGCUAGUUUGGGUUUGAUCCACUUGUGGGAUGUAGAUGCUGGCCUUGCACAGAUUGACAAGUAUUUCCACAGCAAUGACAAUCAUGUCAUUACAGGGGCUUUAUUAGCAGUUGGGAUUGUCAAUUGUGGCAUCCGGAAUGAAUGUGACCCUGCUUAUGCCCUUCUGGCAGAUUAUGUAACUAAGGAUGAUUCUAGCAUCCGGAUAGGGGCUAUCAUGGGGCUUGGUCUUGCCUAUGCUGGUACCCAAAAAGAGGAGGUUCUUCAGCUUCUGGCUCCAAUUUUGAUUGACUUAAAAGUUCCAAUUGAAGUUAUUGCAUUUACGGCAAUCUCACUUGGGCUCAUUUAUGUCGGUUCUUGCAAUGAUGAUGUUGCACAGUCCAUUGUACUUGCACUCAUGGAAAGAAGUGAGUCUGAGCUCGGAGAGCCCCUUGCUCGGUUUCUUCCUCUAGGUCUUGGCCUUUUGUACCUGGGCAAACAGGAAAAUGUUGAUGCCACCAUUGAAGUGACCAAAACAUUCAACCAGAAAAUUUCCAAAUAUUGCCAAGUAGCGCUGAUGUCCUGCGCAUAUGCAGGCACUGGGAAUGUGCUUAAGGUUCAGAGCCUUUUGGGGAUCUGUGCAGAACAUCUUGAGAAGGGCGAGACCCACCAAGGAGCUGCUGUGAUUGGAUAUGCUCUUAUUGCUAUGGCUGAAGAGUUAGGUCUUGAUAUGGCUAUACGAUCUCUAGGGCAUCUUUUACAGUAUGGAGAACAGAACAUUAGAAGAGCAGUGCCUUCAGCACUUGGCCUGCUUUGCAUCUCCAACCCUAAGGUUAAUGUUAUGGACACCUUGAGCAGAUUGAGCCAUGACGCUGAUUCAGAUGUAGCCAUGGCAGCCACCAUCUCGUUGGGCUUAAUAGGUGCAGGCACGAAUAAUGCACGCAUUGCUGGAAUGCUUCGAAACCUUUCAAGUUAUUACUACAAAGAUGCCAGCCUUCUGUACUGUGUACGGAUUGCUCAAGGUCUUGUACAUCUGGGGAAGGGAUUAUUGACCUUAGCUCCUUAUCAUUCAGAUCGAUUUUUGUUGUCACCUUCUGCAGCUGCUGGAUUAAUCAUUCUGCUACAUGCUUGCCUGGACAUGAAGUCCAUCGUAUUGGGGAAAUACCACUAUGUCCUCUACUUCCUUGUUUUGGCCGUGCAGCCUAGAAUGCUAAUGACUGUGGAUGAAGAUUUGAAACCCGUGUCAGUACCAGUCCGAGUUGGUCAGGCUGUUGAUGUGGUUGGACAGGCAGGUCGUCCUAAAACCAUUACAGGGUUCCAGACUCAUUCAACCCCUGUUCUCCUAUCAGCAGGAGAAAGGGCAGAAUUGGCAACUGAGAAAUAUCUUGCACUCUCAUCUGUCCUUGAAGGUUUUGUCGUAUUGAAGGAGAACCCAGAAUACCGAGCGGAUCAUCACUCGAGUUAAUGGGUUCCAUUUGAGAAUAUUCUGUGGCAGUGAUUUUCUACCAAAGAAAUGUGCUAUUACUCAACAGUGGGCCUACUAUUUCAUUGAGAGUCAAGAGUCCUUGGUUGACAGCAUAAUGAAUAGGGUGAGCUGCUAAAUCAGUGCUUUUGUUGUUUGUUUCUUUUUCUUUUUGAAGAAGUUAUGAUGAAUUGAGGUUUUCUGAGUUCAAAAUGGAUAUUUAUUUAGGAUAUCUCCAUUUGCAAAUGGUUUGGAGCUUGGGCUUUGAGGAGUUUCUUGUAGUACUUAUUACUAAAAAUACAAGGAAUGGGAAAAAAGUAGUGAAAGCAUGUAGGCGAUGGAGGCGGGUGGUUGGCUUGUCAUUACAAAUUGAGGAAUGCAACAGGGAUCACGGUUGUUUACAAUCUCUUUGAUGUUAAUUCUCAAGAGGAACUCGAUAGGCUCACGGUUUUUUAUCAUUUAAUGGAUGCUUAUUCUGCAGUAGUUCAAAGUGAGGCUCAUGGGUCAAAUUGUACGUUCGCUGCUCAAGCCUGUAUUUUCUACCUUGGCUAUAAUUUAACAAUAUUUUCUGAAUAUGUAAUUUGCGGUGGAUCUCUCUC